GCUCCGAGUCCCACUCCUGCUCGAGUAGGAGUGUGUGUGUGUGUGUGUGUGUGUGAGUGCUUAUGCUACUGUGGAAGCACAGCACGGCUCUGCCAGACCUGUCUGCAUUUGGACAGCAGAAGGCAAGACAAGUGGAAGAGAAGAAGAUGCCAGCCAUUUUAGUCACCCCCAAGAUGAAGUCAGGAUUGCCCAAGCCUGUGCACAGCGCUCUGCCCAUUCCUCAAGCUCACAUUCAGACACGGAUGAUUCAGGGCAGCGGUGCGAAGCUCACACACCACUCCAGUCUGAGGAGAAGCAGCCACAGCACCAGCGCACCACAGACAAAGAGUCACACGGCCAACGAAACGUCUACAGAUCCACAGAUUUACACAGACUGGGCAAACCACUACCUGGCAAAGUCGGGUCAUAAGCGGUUGAUCAGAGACCUUCAGCAGGACAUAGCGGACGGAGUACUUCUGGCUGAGAUCAUCCAGGUUGUAGCUAACGAGAAGAUCGCCGAUAUCAACGGCUACCCUGAAAGCCGCUCUCAAAUGAUUGAGAACAUAGAUGCCUGUCUUGGCUUUUUGGCAGCUAAAGGAGUGAAUAUAAAGGGACUCUGUGCUGAAGAGAUCCGCAGUGGCAAUCUGAAAGCUAUCCUGGGCCUGUUUUUCAGCCUAUCACGCUACAAACAACAGCAGCAACAUGCAUCACUGAAGCAGGCCAACGACGAGACCCACAUCCUCCAGGCUGCCUGUGUCCGGAGUGCCAGUCCUGCCCAGGGACACUCCCCUUGGUGCACAUCCAAUGCACCCCCCUGCCCGGUCCACAUCCAUGAGCACGAGCAGCACAACACCAGUGCAUCUGUGCUCAAGACACAAGAAGACAUGCAGUCCAGAUUACCAGGUCCACCAAUCCUGCCCAGGAGAUCCAACAGCAGACGCAGCCAGAGUUUCAUACAUCGUGACGAGUCUAAAACCCCGGUGUUAACCUGCUCGCAGCACACAGAUAAAUCGAGUCCAUCUUCAGUAAUGGUUGACCAAGGACCUCCCAGUUCUCCAGUUCUUCCAUCCAGCAGCACCACUGGCAACACCAGUGCAAAAGGAUGGAGGAGCAAGUCUCUCAACGCCAAGCACAGUGCCACCUCUUCUAUUCUUUCCAUCAAACAGCCCACCUCAGCUUCCCUGGAGGUUCCUCCUAAAGUCAUUGCCCAAAAGUCCAUGCUAGACAAGCUGAAACUCUUCAACAGCAGACCCUCAUCUCGAGCAUCCAGCGUCACAUCUCUAGAAGAUCCUGAAGCUUCCAAUCCAGAUCCGAAUGAAGCAAACAUUUGUCCUGUCCAUCCUGAAGCCCAUCUGGGAACCCAGCAACAUGCCAUGGUGAGCAAUUCCAGUCCUAAUGCGGCUCUGAAAGGUAUUGCACAAAGGACGCUGGGCAGGACUUUGGUGCCCAAAAUCAAGGCUGCUGAGAAGGACAAAGAGAAAAUAAAGACAAAAGGUAAAGAUAAAACAACAAAACGAUCUUCUGGUGUUGAGCAAGAACGGAUUAUGGAAGAGCAAGAAGAAACCAGGGCUGAACCUUCAACAUUGGCUGAUGGUAAAAAAUCCAGUUUGAUUCCCAAAGGAACCAAAAGCCAAAGCAACGCUAAGAAAGAAGGCUCAUCACAGAGUGGUAUACCCAAACCGGGGCAAACCGCUAAGAGCUCAGGGAUGGCAAAGAACUCAGGCACUCUACCUGGUGGAAAAGUGGAGCAUUCCCGUGGUUUCAGAGCUGGAGGUGCUGCACUGGUGCAGAAAUGUCCACUGGAAAGCAAGAACUCUAACUCUGCUUUGAGUUUGCUGCAGACGGAAGGACGGCCAAGCCAAAACAGCUCGAGUAACAUCGCUCAGACCAGCAAUACCAACAACAUUCAGCUUCCUCAAACACAGCACAACCAUCCCAACACGGCUACAGUCGCCCCUUUCAUGUACAGGUCUCAGACAGAUGUGGAUAAAAGCAGCGUGACUGAGGGAGGAGAAGAGAAGAACGAGAGAUCGGUCCUUCACAGCAGAUCCAUUCACACGUCUCUGGAAAGCCUGAGAGGUGAGGAUUCUGAGAGCAAGAGACUGAGGACUGUGAAGAACAUCGCCGAUUUGAGACAAAACCUGGAGGAAACCAUGUCCAGCCUGAGACAGGUCACUCAUAUCAGUCACAGCACCCUGCAGACGACUUUUGAUGCCUGCAUAACCACAGAGAUCAGCACGAGAGGCUCACUCGCCCUUGCCCCCCGCUCUGUCUCAGCCUCUCCAUGGCGACCGGGUACAUCUGGUCCACGGCUUCAGGCUGGCGACGCCCCCUCGUUAACUAGUGGUUACAGCUCCAGCAAAGCGGAGAUGCUGGAGGGCAUGGCAACGGACAGUGCUGGUUACGUGAGCGACGGAGACAUCCUGGGAAAGAGUGUCAGGGUGGACAGCACCACCAGCGGCUACAUGACAGACGGGGGGCUGAGUGUGUAUACACGUCGGACACACAAACACUCCUCCACACUCCUCCACUCUGAGAGUCACACUGACAUUGACAGCUGGGACGACAGCAGUUCAGUCAGCAGUGGGAUCAGCGACGCUUUAGACACAGAUGAACUCAACACCAGCUCGUCUCUUAGCUCCUACGUCAACACUCCAUCUGCUCCACGCAGGGACAUAGAAGAGCAGCUCCAGACAGACGCAGAGAAGCGUUCUGUCAUUGGAUGCAACUCCACCUGGAACGACGACCUCAGGCGCCCAGACGGCUGCUCGGACCCAGGAAUUGAGAUGGAGACCAGCUCGAAGUGGUGCAACCCAUCUGAUUUCUCUGAUGAAUCAGAGCGCAGUUUGACCGGGCGCAAACAGCACGCCAUAUCUCAAACAGGUUCUUGGAGGCGAGGAAUGAGUGCCCAGAUGGGCAUCACCUGUCCAAGGACUAAAACGCUGACUCCAACAAACUGCAGUCCAUUGAAAAUCCAUAGUAAUGGCAAAACAGACGACGCCAAAGUGUCAGAGAAAAGUCGUUUCUCACCACAGAUACCUACAUAUGAAAGCAAGAAGCUGCCCUCGAGCUCCGGCUCCCACAUACCCACCAACACAUUCGGCUUCAAGAAAACCUCCAGUGCGGCAACAAUAACUGCCAGCGGUGCAGUUAUAACAAGUGGCUCUGCUACUUUAGGGAAGAUCCCUAAGUCCAUAGGCUUUGGAUCAUCUCGUCUAGUGGGCAAGCAAUCUAGUGUCGAUGAUGGGUACCUUCCACCAAGCACUCGAACCACCCUUCAAUACCGGAGUCUGCCUCGGCCUAGUCGUUCCAACAGCAACAUGGGCACAACCCGUGGUACCGGUCGCUCCAUCGAUGCUAGCCCCAUUAGCAAAGGCACAGCCACUCUACCCAACCCAAAGAGCCGUAGCCUGGCCAGGUCCUGUGCCAACCAGACAGACCGGGAGAAGGGAGUAUUCUCGGACACAGAGAGCCUUGCUUUGGGACCAGUAAAUAAAGCCAGUGGUGGUGCCCAGUGCCAGCCAAGUAGACAGGCAGGAGGGAAGACCUCAGAUACAUCAUCCCCUACCUUGCGCAAACUCUUUGUGGGUAAACCAGGGACCAAACCAACCCCCAUCACCACCUCUGACAACACGAAGAAAUCCACUAUAAUCUCCAACCCACACACAAUGCAAACCUACACUCUGGAGGCACCACCAGUUAGUACCGGAACCACACAUGAUCUCCUGCAUGGGGAAAAUCUACCAAUUAUGCAGAACUCAACAAGCAGUGACAGCAUGAAGGUGUCUCUGGGCAAAGAAGAGAUGCUUUCGGCAUGCCCUGACCGCCCUGGAACCAUCCGGACUGGGCAGGCAGACAGGUAUGCUCACCUGCCUCAAGGUCGGGGCACAGAGGACGCGCGUGAUUGGCUGAACUGUCAUCCAAACGGUGGAAUUCAGGACUCUCCAGGCUCCUCCCCUUUUUCACCUGCAUCCACCCUCAGCUCACCUUCUGCAACACGCUUCAACUUCACCAACAUCGGCAGUCCCACCAUGACCGCGCAGAUAAACCUGCCAGCCAUCCGGCCCUCUGGCAACCAUGUCAAUCAGGACGGACCACAUGAGCAGCAUGGAGAGUCUCGUCUACGCAAUGCCACAAUCACUCUGGUGGAGAAAAACCGAACCAUGAGCACGUCCGUCUCUUACCGUGAGGCGCUGGAAGAAGUGCAUGGAUCUUCUCUGUCUCUGGUGUCCAACACGUCUUCUGUCUACUCCACGCCUGAAGAGAAAUCUCAGUCAGAGAUCCGAAAGCUCAGGAGAGAGCUGGAGGCGUCUCAGGAGAAAGUGUCAACGCUCACCACACAGCUAAACGCCAACGCUCACCUGGUGGCAGCAUUUGAGCAAAGCUUGGGCAACAUGACAAUCAGGCUGCAGAGCCUAACCACAACAGCAGAACAGAAGGACACAGAGCUGAAUGAAAUGAGGAAGACUAUUGAGCUGUUGAAGAAGCAGAACACCGUCGCUCAGGCUGCCAUCAGCGGAGUCGUUAACACCCCAGAGACCCCGAAGAAAGACUCCUCCAGUGGUUCUCCUCUCCCAACAUCAGCAGCAGCUUCAGACCUGCAGAUCCAGCGCCAGCCCUCCUCAGACAGCGUGUCGAGUCUCACCAGUCACUCCAGUCUGGAGCUCGACGCCAACAGCAAGAAAAAGAGGAAGAACUGGCUUAGAAGCUCCUUCAAGCAGGCCUUCGGCAAGAAAAAGGCACCGAAGUCGGCCUCAUCUCAUUCAGACGUCGAGGAGAUGGACGAGUCCUCCGUGCCUUCAUCACCCAGAUUGCCAUAUGGCUGCCACUCUGCCGGGACAUCGCUGCUCCGACACUCACACUCCAACUCACUCCCUCUCCUUUCAUCGAUCACCAUGUAUGGAAAUGGUUGGGGCUGUAACAGUGCUCCCAUCAGGACCAGCUCUCUGGCACGGAUCUCGGAGUGUACAGACUGUGAGACGGAGACGGUCAUGCAGCUGCGCAGUGAGCUGCGUGAUAAGGAAAUGAAGCUGACUGACAUCAGACUGGAGGCUCUAAGCUCCGCCCACCAGCUCGACCAGCUCAGAGAAUCCAUGAACCGCAUGCAGGUGGAGAUGGAGAAGCUGAAAUUAGAGAAUGAGCGUUUGAGAACAACCAGCAGGGGGAGCUGCAGCACAACCAUGUCACAGGCAUCUGUGUGUCCCUCGGCCCUCGGCUUGUCCACUCAGUCAAGCCUCACAGAGUCCACCAGCCUAGACAUGCUGCUGGAGGACAGUGGAGAUGGCGGCUCUCGUAAAGAUGGACAUCACGUUAAGGUGGUAGUGAGUCUGGACAGAGAGCUGGAGUGGAAAGAGGAGUGCAGGCAACACGACUUCCUGAUCGGCUGCAUCGGCAUCAGCAGUAAAACCAAAUGGGAAGUUCUGGAUGGUGUCGUCCGUCGCCUCUUCAAGGAAUACAUUAUCCAUGUAGAUCCAGUCUCACAGCUGGGCCUGAACACAGACAGCGUGCUCAGCUACGGUAUUGGAGAUGUUCAGCGCACCAGCGAAGCCGACGCACCAGAGCUGCUGCCCUGCGGCUACCUGGUGGGGGACAGUGACACCAUCUCGGUCAGGCUGAAAGGUGUUGAGGAGCACAGUGAGGAUGCGUUGGUGUUUGAGACGCUCAUCCCCAAGCCCAUCCUGCAGCGCUAUGUUUCUCAGCUCCAGGAACACCGCUUCAUCAUCCUAUCCGGACCUUCAGGCACCGGGAAGAGCUUCCUGGCCACGAGGUUGGCUAAGCAUGUGGUACUGAUGGAGGGACACUCACUGAACAAACAGCUCAUCACAUCUAUCAACGUGGACAACAAGCCCAGCAAGGAGCUGAAGCAGUACCUGUCUAACCUGACUGAGCAGUGCAGCAGCAGCACACGGGCCGUGGAGACGCCUCGAGUCGUCAUCGUAGAAAACCUGCACCAUGUCGGCUCUCUGAACGAGAUCUUCAAUGGUCUGCUGAACUGCAAACACCACCGCUGCCCCUAUAUAAUCGGCACUAUGAACCAGACCUCAUCCUCCACCUCCACCAAUCUGCCGCUUCACCAUAAUUUCAGAUGGCUGCUUUGUGCCAAUCACACAGAACCAGUGAAGGGCUUCUUGGGUCGUUUUCUGAGGCGGAAGCUUCUGGAAACCGAGAUCAGCAGUCGCACGCGUAACGCCGACCUGGUGAAGAUCAUCGAGUGGAUCCCGUGUGUCUGGGAGCAUCUCAACCACUUCCUGGAGACACACAGCUCCUCUGAUGUCACCAUCGGGCCACGCCUCUUCCUGUCCUGUCCCAUGGAUGUUGAGGGUUCUCAGGUGUGGUUUACAGACCUGUGGAACUACUCCAUCAUUCCCUACAUGCUCGAGGCAGUGCGUGAGGGAUUGCAGCUGUACGGCAGAAAGGCAUCAUGGGAGGACCCAUCUCUCUGGGUGUUAGAGAGUUACCCAUGGCCAUCCAGUCUCCAGCAGCUCCAGUGUCCUCCUCUGCUCCGGCUACGGCGCGAGGACGUCGGAUUUGACAGCUUUCCUCGAGAACCUGGCACUCAGAGCACAGAGAUCAUGCCGGACGGGGCAGAACGUGACCCGCUGAUGAAUAUGCUAAUGAGGCUAAAAGAGGCGGCUCACUGCACCGGUCCACCGAGUGACGAUAGCGACUCCCAGCAGCACCAGUGAUGCUGAGGACGUCUGGGAUCCGUGGCUGGAAUCUACACUGUGAACAACACGGGAAUGUGUCUUACUCUCACACGAAGAGACAAACUGUGUAGGAAGCAGCAAGCAAUUUACUGAUAUCACUGUGGACUAAAGAUUUAUGGUCAUACAGAGUUAGCCGUCAUUUUAAACACGCUCCUUGUUGACUUUCCGGUAACGCAUCAGAGCUGUUUAACACAACGACCUUCCUCACCACUUGCAUCACAAAGACAGCGCAACGGAAAUCUUUGCUCUUAAUAUCAAUUCGUGUAGCGAUUUACACACCCUGUUUCCUGUGAACCUUUUAUACACACAAAGUGCCAUCAAGCUGCCCUGCCUUUAUAACUAGCCGUCAUGCUAGCUUGAAAAUUAGCCAGCACAAUAAUGUGUUUUCGUCUUAGCUCAUGAGCGGAAUUACGCCAUUUUUAACUACAGCGCUUUUGACCUACAGAGUGGAAAAACAUCCAAAAGACACCAGGUUCAUUUCUUUGUUAGCAUCAUGCAGCACACUAGUGUUUUAAAUUCACAGCCCCUUUGAGCUUCUUGGUGAGUUUUGCAGCCAAUAAUAUUUGAUUUUGCAGCAUCUUUUUCCAACAUUUGUGCUUUUUUUGCUGAAAACUACUUGAAUUGGCUCCUAAUAGUGAAGACACAUAUGUAAAGAUGUUCUGUGAUAGCUUUAUUUAUGUUUUUGGCUGCUGAAAAAUUUGGGAAAAAAUUGAAAGCUCCUCUGAAUAACACAACUUUGCUUGAUUUUGAGUUCGUUUCUGCAGUUGAAAAAAAAUUGUAAAAUCCCAGAGAGACUGGAUUAAAUAUGCUCAGGUUGACUGGAGCGUUUUCGUUCACAGUUCCCAGCUGGAGGUUGGAAAUUACUAGUUAGUAUAAAAUUAAUAAUGCAAUCAUUUUGUAUAUUUAAAGUUACCUCAAAGUUUUUAAAUUGGAAUAGUCCAAUCGUCCGAGCGCACAGAUUCCUCAAAUCGCAAAAUCUGCCACAGUGAUAAUGCACCAAGUGUUAUUGCAUCAUUAAUGAUGAGAGCCAAUCAUGUUACAGUAUGCAAAUGAAGGCUGCAGAGCAGAGGGUUAUAGAAUGGCAUAAAACUGGCAUAUUCAGCAUUUUGCUGAUUUGCAUAUUCAUAAAAUCCUGAGUGAGUUUGAAACGUCACCAUCAUAUCAGACUUUUGAAAAGAUUAUUUGGUUGACGAUAUUAUAUCUUCAUAUAUAUUAUAUUAUCUAUCCAUUGCUUUUGUUUUUUAAAAAGAAACUGAUGUCAGCUUUAUCUUCAAUGUAUAUGGCAGCGCUGACACGAUCCAUCAGGUCUCACUGAUCACAAUCUCAUGCAAAGAAAUGUUAAGGAGAGACUCAACACAGGGUGCGUUCCAAGCAGUAGUCAUGUUUGGGGUUUAGUGUUUUUGCACACUAAAUGCCGCCACCACCGUGUUUCUUUCUCCAUGCGGUUUCUCAAGGCUGCCGCAGCUUCUGUCGUGCGUGCUUCAUUAUUUUCCAGAAAUGCAUUUCAUGACAUCACGGUGCAUUACAAACCAUUUCAUUCAGCUUUUCCUGCACAUUCACAAUGGACGAGCGUCAUAUAGACUCUUCACGUGAGCUUCCGUGCACAUCUGGAACACGGUGCUAUUUCCUAAUGCCUUCCUGCUUUGAUACCUACAGCUGAAAUCUUCAGUGCUGGAAAUGUUUACGCCAGAAUACCACCUUGAUAGUGACUUUAAGUGGUAUUUCCGAGUGGGAAGAGAAACAGGAAUUUAUUGAACACUUGUUGAGGUCAUCAGAGCAGCUGUUUUGUGUUUACAUGAGAAGUGAGGAAGUGCAAAAGAAGGUGCUGUGUUAUACCUCUCUAAACAGGGUGAUGAUGUUUUAAUGCUGGAAUAACUUAAAUCAGUGGCACAUUUCAAACAGUUCCUUCAAAUCACGGUGCUUUAAAGGGGCAGUAAGUCAUUUUAGAUCCGCUGUGAUUGGCAUAUUACAAUAUUUACUCCUCUUCUUCGGCUCAGCAAGGCUCACUUGCUUUGUGAAAACCUUGUGUGUCACAGAAGUGCAAAAAGGUCUCAAGAUCAUUUCUAGCCCUGAAAAUAUAAAAAGCCAAACAGCAAGACACUACCCAGAUCCAUUUUCUGACAUUGUCUUCUGAUAUCACAGAUUGAUGACGAUUCUUCUGAGAUUUUAUUAAAAAUUAUAUGAUCAUUACAGGUCUCAGAGCACUUGACAAACUGCCCCUUUAAUCUCUGAGAAUUCUCAGAGACAGUGAUAACUGCCCGUUUUGUGAGAAUCUCCUUUGUUUGAAUGGAGAGUGGGAUUGUGUGAAUUGAUUAUGUGAAUUUGCUGGCAAAAGGAGAAAAAGGCCUAUUGUUUUACGUCUUCGUAUGCAGAAGCACUUUGAAGACACACACACACACACACACUCAGCAGACUUUGGCACUCUUUUGCCUAAUCUAAAGUCCUCUAAGCCAGAGUGAUCUGCUUUCUCCUGAGCCGAGUGCCGGCGUGUCUAGUGGCCCAAUCCGGAGAAUUAUCUCGCCAUCUAUUUUCACGCAGUUUCAAAGGAGCACUCUGCACUGCCUUUGUUUAGACGUCUGCACUUUGUUCGCUGGAGAAAUGAAGUUUUUCAAGCUUUCCAUGUGACGUGCGAUGUCGGACUCAUGAUGCCGAGCUUUUCUCGACGGACCUUUUGAUUAAAGAGACUCUAUGCAAUUUUUCUUUCCUAGUUCUCCUAGCUUUCUCAGACUGACGCAUUCUCCAGCACAUUUGUUAGUACUUCUUUAUUCCACACAUUGUUUUUGUAAAUGUUCAGAUUCUGAAUAAGAAGCGGAAAAUGAAAAGACAUGUUCUGCGAAAUGAACGUUACAAUGCCAUGUUUUUCAGUUUGUGUAUAAUUUUAUGUGUGUAAAUUUAUUACCUUGUACCAGAUUUUGAAGAUGUUGUCUAACGAUUCUUUAAAGUAAAUAGAUGUACAGAUGCCUUUUCUACCACCUUGUACAGUCCCUUCCCUUUUAUAUUUCCAGUUUUUGGGGUCCAGAUUGGGGGUCCUUAAAAAUAAUGAGAAUAAACACGAUAAAACUCU